AUGGAGUCGGAAUUUGCGGCCACUCACGGCCCUGUUUUAAAGGAUGUCGAGAAACUUAUCUUUACUCAGGCCGGGUUCCUGGCACAGAGGCGACUAGCCGCUGGAGCUUUGAUAACAACCGUCCUCCAAGAGGCCAUUCGCAAUGGAAGCCAUUCCGUCGCGGAUCUCAUGAAGAUCGGACAGCAUAUCUUAGGCCGUCGACAUGUGCACCCAUCCGUGGUAGGCACGCUUACUCGGCUCCAGAUCGAGGGCACUUUUAAGACAGGAACCCACCUAAUUACCGUCGAUCAACCAAUCAGCACCGAUGAUGGCGAUAUAAAGAUGGCCCUGUACGGUAGUUUCCUCCCGGCACCGGCCAAAGACUCAUUUCCUCAGCUCAACGAUUCGGAUUACGGGCCCAUGAAGAUGCCAGGCGCAAUAUUGCCGGCGGAUUCGGGUGAUAUAGUUCUCAGUCCAGGGCGGAAGAGAAUUGAACUGAAGGUUAUAAAUAGAGGGACCCGGGCUGUUUAUGUCGGAUCUCAUUUCCACUUCAUGGAAACAAACCCUGAUCUCGACUUCGACCGAAAAAAGGCUUACGGUUUUCACCUGGAUAAAACAGCUGGGGAAUUUGUUCGCUUUGACCCUGACAGUCUGAAGGCCAUCACUCUGACGGAGAUUGGAGGUCUGAAGACUAUCAAAGGCGGAAGUGGCUUCGCUAUCGGUACAAUUGACCAGACACGUGCUACUAAAUUUGUGCAGCGCCUCCGAAAGGCCGGAUACCGGUAUACACCUGAAGUGACGGAGGUAAAUAUUGAUGUCGAGCCGUGUUCAAUGGAUAGGUGGAAGUAUGCUCUGACUUAUGGUCCGACCGUUGGGGAUUACAUUCGUCUGGGAUAUACAGGCCUGUGGGCGAUAAUCGAAAGGGAUCAUACUAUAUAUGGUGAUGAAUGUAUACUGGGAGAUGGGAAGACUAUCAUGGAUGGACAGGGACAAGCGAGUGGGUGUCCUGAUGCGGAAUGCCUCGAUUUAGCCAUUGUGAAUGCUGUAGUCCUUGACUGGACCGGGAUUUGCAAGGCAGAUAUUGGCGUCAAAGACGGCGUUAUUGUUGGUAUUGGAAAGUCCGGAAAUCCUGACACGAUGGAUGGAGUCUCCUCCACGAUGGUAAUUGGGUCGAAUACGGAUAUCAUUGAUGCUAAAGGGAAGAUUAUCACUGCCGGUGGAAUUGACACCCAUGCUCAUCUGAUCCGUCCUCAGCAGGCGAGUAAAGCUAUGGCAUCGGGCAUUACGACUAUGUUUGGAGGAGGCACCGGGCCAAGUACUUCCUCUCAAGCAGUGAAUUGCAGCAUAAGCACGAAGUAUAUUAAACAGAUGAUGCAGGCGUGCGAUCAGUUGCCAAUAAACUACGGUAUUAUUGGGAAGGGAAGCGAUUCCGGAAAGCCUGGACUUUAUGAUCAGUGCGAUGCCGGUGUUGUUGCGCUAAAGCUGCAUGAAGACUUUGGUUGUACGCCCUCGACAAUUGACACCUGUUUAAGCAUCUGCGAAGAGCAAGAUAUCCAAUGUCAAAUCCAUACCGAUUCUCUCAACGAAUCCGGUUUUGUCGAACGAACAAUCGCUGCAUUCAAAAAUCGCACCAUCCACGUGUACCAUGUCGAGGGUGCCGGAGGAGGCCAUGAGCCCGAUGUGAUCAAACUUGUGCAGGAAGCCAAUGUCCUUCCGAGCAGUACAACUCCUACCAUGCCUUUUACAACAAACACAAUUGACGAGCACAUGGACAUGGCUGCAACCUGCCAUCGGCUUUCAAAGAGCAAUCCUGACGAUGUUUCCUUCCUUGAUGGUCGCAUUAGGGGCAAGACCAUCGCAGCGGAGGACGUACUGCACGAUAUCGGAGCUAUCAGCAUAAUGUCCUCUGACUCACAGGCAAUGGGUCGCUGCGGCGAGGUCAUAUUGUGUACAUGGAAGACGGCACAUAUCAACAAGUUCCACCGGGGAGCACUUUUUGAAGACAAAGGUACCGGAGCCGAUAAUCAGCGAGUCAAGCGCUAUAUCAGCAAGUACACGAUCAAUCCGGCGCUUACGCAGGGUAUCAGCCAUACCGUGGGCAGUAUCGAACCGUGCCAAGUUACCAAGAAGGGAUUCAUUGCUUUUGCACAGAUGGGUGACCCAAACGCAGCUGUCUCAACCGUGGAACCCCUAAUCGCCCGACCAAUGUUCGCAGUGGUGACUUCUGAUGGAGUCGAGCUAAAUUACGAGGCUGCAGAGUCCCUUCCAUUGACAACGGAGUCUUUUAUUCUUUAA